UAUCGAUAGUGCCCUCUUUGGUUUGACACCUCCAAACUAAAGAAAAACAUUUAUUUACAUUAAUUGUGGUUAAUAUCUGAAGCCGCAGCCAUGAUUGAGACGUUGUACAGCCUCCCCUUCCACAUACUGGUGCCGCCCAACAUCAAAGUGCGACGGUUCAGCAUCCCCAUGCCCUCCCCCAUGGCUGUGUUCAGUGUCAUUUUGCUCUCCUACUUUUUGGUGACCGGCGGCAUUAUCUAUGAUGUGAUAGUGGAGCCGCCCAGCGUGGGUGCCACUGUGGAUGAGCACGGCCAUUCGCGUCCUGUGGCCUUUAUGCCCUACCGGGUGAACGGACAAUAUAUCAUGGAGGGACUGGCCAGCAGCUUCCUGUUCACCGUCGGCGGCCUGGGCUUCAUCAUAAUGGACCAGACGCAUGCGCCCGGCAAGACGAAUCUCAAUCGACUGCUCCUGACCGCCAUGGGAUUCAUUUUCAUACUGGUCUCCUUCUUCACCACGUGGCUGUUUAUGCGCAUGAAGCUGCCCAGCUACCUGCAUCCUUAGACUCAACCAAGCUUAGGCCGGACCAAUCUCUCUCUUAGUAUUCCAUAAACCGUAUAUCUAUUAUAAAUGACCGAAAGUAUCCCCGGGAGCAAAGCGGUAGAGCCACAAAUGUGUCGUCUGGCGCUGGCGCUGCCUCUGCCUCUGGCUGUGCAAAACU